GGUACCCUUCCCCCAGCAGCUGCCACGGAGCAAGGCCACACAGGUAGCUGAAGACACUCAUCCUCUCCUGGCCUGAGAAGCCAGCCCUGGACACCUGCUCCACCUUACCGGCAGGAAUUCUGGGAUUCCUUACCUGUGAGCCCACACCUGGAUCUGCCUUUGAGACCAGGCCUGGGACCAAUCCUUCCCUUUUGUGCCCCGGUGGCUGUUGUCCUGGGCCAUGGCCCACGGGCGGGGCCUGAGGCCCGGGCAGCCCCACCACACUGUGGCCAUUUUACUCUUCCUUGGACUAAUCCGGCUGGGAAUGCCCUUCUGUGGUUCGGUCUUCCAGUCCCGCAUCACAGGAGGCGACGACGCAGCCCCUUCGCAGUGGCCCUGGCAGGUCAGCAUCAACUACCUCCGCGAACACGUGUGUGGUGGGUCCCUCGUGUCUGAGGAGUGGGUGCUGUCGGCUGCCCACUGCUUCCCCAGUGAACACAAGGUGGAAGACUACGAGGUGCGGCUGGGCGCCCACCAGCUGGAUUCCUUCACCGAAGGAAAUGAGAUCCGCGAUGUGGCCCAGGUCAUCUCCUACCCCACCUACCGAGAAGAGGGCUCCGAGGGCGACAUUGCACUGGUCCGCCUUGGCCGCCCCAUUACUUUUAGCCGCUUUAUCAAGCCCAUCUGCCUCCCUGCAGCCAAUGCCUCCUUCCCCAAUGGUCUCAAGUGUACUGUCACUGGCUGGGGCCAUGUAGCACCCUCAGUGAGCCUCUCAGCCCCCAAGACCUUACAGCAACUCGAGGUGCCACUGAUCAGCCGUGAGACGUGCAAUUGCCUGUACGCCAUCAACGCCAAGCCUGAAGAGCCCCACACCAUCCAGCAGGACAUGGUGUGUGCUGGCUACGUGAUGGGUGGCAAGGACGCCUGCCAGGGUGACUCCGGGGGCCCACUCUCCUGCCCUGUGGAGGGCAUCUGGUACCUGGCAGGGAUUGUGAGCUGGGGUGACGCCUGCGGGGCCCCCAACAGGCCCGGUGUGUACACCCUGACUUCCAGUUACGCCUCCUGGAUCCAAGAGCAUGGAGCACCACUCCAGACUCACGUGGUGCCCCAAGUGCAGGAGUCCCAGCCUGACACCCACCUCUGCAACAAGUCUCUGUCCUUCAGCUCCAGCCCAAGUCAGGGCUUGCUCCGGCCCCUCCUGCUGCUGCCACUGAGCCUGACCCUGGUGCCCCUUCAGCUCCUGGCAGAGCACUGAGCUCUGGAACUGGUCCCACUUCGAGGACUCACAGGUCAUCCCCAAGGACAUGCCCUUUGGGCCUGAGCCCUCCUUGGCCACCUCCUCCUAGGACUCUGUCCUGAUUUUUGAGCCUAUUCUUCCAGAUUGGCUCUUUCGAACUGUAACCCAGGGUCAAGAGUUUAUAGCCUGUGGCACGGUCAGGGCCACCAACCACUUCUACCGCUCUCUGCAGCCUACUGGCUGGGCUCCUGGAUAGCUCCCAAGAACCCUUAGCUCCAAACACGGGCCCCAGCUCCCACCCGCUUCUAUGAGACUGAGUGGCUACUGAGCCAAUCGCUGCUGCAGGGCUGCUCCCAGCACUGCCGGCCGACAAGCCCAUUGCCUGGCUGCCAUUUUCCAGGCUUGCCUGCCUCAGAGACAGGAACAGCCUCAAUCUUGCCCAGUUGGCCACCAAGCCACAUCUGCUUGCUGACUGCCAGACUCCAGAGGACUGAGCCCCCACCGGAGCUGAGCUGGGGCUUGGGUGGGGGUGGGGAAUAAAAGAUCAGGCAGGA